AUGCCUCGGUAUAAACGAAUACCUAAAACACGAGAAAGAUAUACAAUUUGCGAAUACUGUGAAUCUAAGGAUUUACCUUGUGAUAAUAAAAUACCUUGCACAUUUUGUAAACUUGCUAAUAAAACUUGUAAAAGAAACUAUCGAAUAUCAGACAAAACUAAAGCACUCCGAAAAAUAUUUGACGCAAAAAUAAAUCUACUUAAUACAAUUGAAGAGGCAAAAACAAUCUUCAACGCUUUAAAUAUACAACACACCUUUGAUAAACUUUACGAAGUACUUGACGAAACACAAGAUACUUCUGAAGAAGAAAGUGAAUGCCACCAAGACGACCAUGAUAUAAAAGACACGUAG